AUGCAUCCGCUCGCAUUUUUGAUUAUGCUGCUUUUCAGCUUCACCCUCGCAGUUCCGAUUAUGACGACUUCACAGGAUUCGAUGGAAGAAUCUGAUGGACAACCUGAUGUUAUGAUCCAAAAGGCUUCAGAUGGAAUGAAAGGGCAACCGACGCCGACGACGGAAGAUGCCAACAACAAAAAGAGUAUACACGUCGAGGAGAAUAAGAGUAAGAAGAAGGGUGGAAUCCGCAAAUUUGUGAGUUGA